AAAGUUGCAAUUGAGAAAAAAUGUGCCGCUUCCCGACCUUUCUGCUGAUUGCCAUUGCAAUCACUAUGCUUCCCACCAUUUUGUCGAUUACUUGUUUUGUCGGCAAGAACUCUGUUGUCGCCGAAGAAAAAGAUUUUGACUAUUGUGCAACUAUGAAAAAUAUUUCCACUAAAGAAAUUACCUACUCAGGAAGAACCGGAGCCACCCGUGUUUUCGAAAAAGAUGCCAACGAUCUCACAAUUAACAACUGCUACAUUGACUUCAACGACCAAACCGCACUGACUUGUUACUGUCGCAGGAGCAAAUGCAACAAAGUCGUUUCAUCAUUACAAUUUGAUUUGAUGACGAUUGCGACCAAGUGAUUUUUCUCCAAGCAGAAGAAAAAUCUCAACUUCAGUAUAAUUAUGUUUAUUUUACCAAAAGAACUUGCACUCACCUAAAAAUGUCUUAUUGAAUCACCUCCUUCACAGCUAAUACCUCGUUGCUCUACAUACUACCUCAGUACUGUUUUCGCUUGAAUUUUUAGAUGAAUUAUAUAAAUUAGUUAAUAAAAAACAUUAAUAAU